AUGACACCCAGCAACACACAGUCCACAACUAUUAAUACAGAAAUCAAUGUUCCAUCCUCAAGCAAAAUUCAUACAACAUCAGCCAAAACAUCAAGAAAGAAGUCUUCUAAAUCAGGAAAGACCAAGAUUAAAUACAAUGCGAAUGGAUCUUCAACAGUUUCAUUCAAACUGGAUAAAGACUGUGUAAAGCAACAAUAUCAUACUGCAUCAUCAUCCAAGAAGAGAAACUCAUCCAAACUCAUGUUUGUGGAUGAAAGUGAUGCCAACAACAACAGCUCGGAUACAACCUCUCAAGACUCUUCUGGCAACUGUUCAUCGAUGACUGCAACUUGUAAUUCUGUAAAUUUUAAUGGGCAACACCAUGUGAAUAAGCGGUUAUGUAAACUUCGAAAACAGCUCAAGAGUUGUGAUCAUUUCACGGAUAAUUAUUUCGUCAUUGAUUUAACCUCUUCAAAAGGAAGACAAAACAAGUGCUUGCCACAGGUUGUCUCAUUCAAGAGUCCAAAUGAACACUUUAUUCUUCAUGAUGAUGAAAAUGCAUCAUCCCAUUCCUCUGGAACUCCCAAACAUGCCGCUCUUUCUUCAAGUGAAGAACUUGAUCAAGGUGGUGGUGGUGCAGCUGUGAAUUUGGCUGAAGAUGAUAACGAUGCUCCAUCUGAAGAUCAUGCUACACCACAACACACUCAAAAAAAGAGAAAGAAGUCUGAGCAACAAGGAAACACUACUAAAAAGUGUAAAGUUUCCAAAAAGCAGCAAGCUGUUUCAACAAUGAAUACCAUUGAAACCUCUCAACAACCAGAAUUAAUGAGCCAACAUGAUUCGAGUCAUGUGACCACUCCAAAUCCUCAAGAACUUCUUGAGGAAUUGAAGAAACAAGAUCCAAUGCUUUUAGCACAACUCUUACAAGAUUUACUUCAUCAAAAUGGAAGUGAAAUGUUUAAACAAAUGCAAAACAUGUUAUUAUCGCAAUUCCAACUUGAGGUUCAAAAUUUGAUGCGACAAGCCUUAGAACAACAAUAUGCUGCAUUAUUACCUCCUUUUGAUGUCACCACCACUAACCUUACAAACUCUUCUGUUCAAUCUAUUGAAAGUGAUAUAUUUGGGAAUGACGACUUGCUUCAAUUAUUGAACGAGGAACCAUCAACUUCUUCCAACACUGUGAAUCAUGAUACCACACCAACCUUAGAGUUCACACCAACAUCACCUCUUUCAACAUUGACAUCGAACGUGGACCAACAAGAAAUACUCAUAGAACAAGGUGAUUGUAUGAUUGAAUAA